UGGCGGCGCUAGUUCUCUCAGUGUGGUUCUCCAGCCUCCAGAAAGACGGAGAAGUAAACGAGUCUGUAUACAGUAGAACCAGCCGCUCACAGCGUCGUUGUUGUUGGACGGAGAGAAAGAGGAGCUGCGCUGCUAAAUGAGUAACGUCCUAGUAUCCACUUUCCUCUAUUCAGAUUUACCUCCAAAAACAUCAAACGAUGCCAGAGGAAUCAGAGGAAGAUGUCACACUGCUGAAUUUGGAAGAGAUUAAACAAGAGAAUAUAGAGGAGCUGUAUUGUUGCUCAGAGUGUGGAAAGAUUUUUGAACAAGAAAGUGACCUCAAAUCACACCAGCGCACUCAUGCAGGAGAGAACCAAUACGCCUGUACAGAGUGUGGGAGAAGCUUCAGGCACUCUAAAACUUUAAAAAAGCACAAGUGCACCAGGAUGGAGGAUGGCUGUUCUAUUACGGUGGUUCUUGAACCUGAUGACAGUGAAGAAGCAGAAGAUCCCAUCCUGAUCAGCAGGCCCCGCUUUUGCACUGCCACAUUUGAAAGACAUUCUCCUCCUGGUGUUGCGUCAAAUUUUCCUCCUGAAACACAUCAGGAGAUGCUGCCAGAGGAACAUGGAAGACUGCUGAAAUCAGAAGAGAUUAAACAUGAGAAUAUGGAGGAGCCACAUUGUUACUCUGAAUGUGAAAAACAUGUUAAACAAGAGAGUAAUCCCGAAUCGCAUCACUGCACUCACGCAGAGGAGGAGCAGCAUGAGUGCUCAGAGGGUGAUACGGAUAUCAGUAAUCAGAGUCAUCUUCGACAACACAACCAUGUUCACACAGAAGAAAGGCCGUUUAACUGCUCCAAGUGUGGACAGAGUUUUGAUGACGAAAGUACUCUAAAUAAACACAAGUGCUUUCAUACAGCAAAGAAGCCAUAUUGCUGUUCAUCCUGUGGAAAGAGUUUCACCAGAUCCAGUAACCUGCAACAACACCAGCGCAUUCACACAGGAGAGAAGCCCUAUUGCUGUUCCCACUGUGGAAAGAAUUUUACUAGAUACAGUAACCUUCAUCAACACAUGCGCAUUCACACAGGAGAGAAGCCUUUCUGCUGUUCAUACUGUGACAGGAGUUUUACUACAUACUGCAAUCUCCAACAACACCAGCACACUCACACUGGAGAGAAGCCGUAUCAGUGCUCGGAGUGUGGGAAGAAUUUUUCUGACAGUGGUACUCUCACAAGACACAAACGCAUCCACACAGGAGAGAAACCAUAUCAGUGCCCAGAAUGUGGGAAGAGUUUUAACCAGAAGAGUACACUGCAACUACACUGUCGCAUUCACACAGGAGAGAAACCGUAUUACUGCACACAGUGUGGAAAGAGUUUUAUUGACAUAUGCACUCUAAAAACACACCUGAUCAUUCACACAGGAGAGAAGCCCUACUGCUGUAAAUGCUGUGGAAAGAGUUUUACCAGACACAGUAAUCUCCAACAACACCAGCUCAUUCACACAGGAGAGAAAACGCAUUUCUGUUCAUACUGUGGAAGGAGUUUUACUAGAUAUAGUUAUCUCCAGGUACACCAGCGCAUUCACACAGGAGACAAACCAUAUGUCUGUUCAGAGUGUGGAAAUAGUUUUAAUCGAAAGAGCGCUCUUGAACAACACCAGCGAGUUCACACUGGAGAGAAACCGUAUGAGUGCUCAGAAUGUGGGAAGAGUUUUUGUCAGCAGGGUACUCUCCAAGUACACCAGCGUAUUCACACAGGAGCGAAACCGUAUCAGUGCUCAGAAUGUGGGAAGAUCUUCAGGUAUUCAAAAGCAUUAAAGACACACAAAUGUGCAGAGAGGGAGGAGGAUAAUUCUGAACCUGUGGUUUUUGAACCUGCUUUAGAGUUUGGCCAAUCGGCGCCCAGCUUGUGUGAACCGCUAUCCAAUCGUAGCGCAGGGGGCGGGGUUUGUCUGAGUAACGCACGUGGUUCCAGUGUGAAGCCCCGAGUCCACGGCGGCGCUAGUUCUCUCAGUGUGGUUUUCCAACAGCCAGAUAAAGCGGAGAAGCAGAUCCCGGAUAUACAGCAGCAGCUCACGGUGUUGUUGUUGCUGGACGCAGAGAAACAGGAUCUGCCCUGCUGUGAAAAGUUCAAGAGUUGUCCUUCUCCUGGUGUUGCCACAAACAUAUCUCCACAAACACAUCAAGAGAUGCCUCAAGAGGAGCCUGUAAGACUUCUGAAACCAGAAGAGAUUAAACAUGAGAAUACGGAGGAAGCUUAUUGUUACUCUGAGUGUGAGAAGAGUAUCAAACAAGAGGAUGAUCUUGAAUCACAUCCGUGCACUCAAGCAGAGGAGAAGCAAUAUGACUGUUCAGAGUAUGAGAGGGAUAUCGAUAAUAGGACUUCUCUCCAACAACACCAGCACACUCAAAUAGGAGAGAAACUGUAUCAGUGCUCAGAGUGUGGGAAGAGUUUUAUUGACAAAACUACUUUAAAUACACACCAGUGUCUUCAUACAGGAGAGAAGCCCUAUUGCUGUUCACAGUGUGGAAGGAGUUUUAGUAGAUACGGUAAUCUCCAGCAACACCUGCGCAUUCACUCAGGAGAGAAACCCUAUUGCUGUUCAUACUGUGAAAGGAGUUUUUCCCGGUAUAAUACUCUCCAACUACACCAGCACACUCACACAGGAGAGAAGCCCUAUCAGUGCUCAGAUUGCGGGAAGAAUUUUGCUGACAGGGGAACUCUCGUACGACACAAACGCAUUCACACAGGAGAGAAACCGUAUCAGUGCUCAGAGUGUGGGAAGAGUUUUAAUCAAAAGAUUAGUCUCCAACUACACCAGUACAUUCAUACAGGAGAGAAGCCCUACUGCUGUUCAUACUGUGGUAGGAGUUUUAGUAGAUACGGUAAUCUCCAACAUCACCUGCGCAUUCACACAGGAGAGAAGCCUUAUUGCUGUUCAUACUGUGAAAGGAGCUUUACUAGAUACAGUAACCUCCAGCAACACCAGCACACUCACACAGGAGAGAAGCCCUAUCAGUGCUCAGAGUGUGGAAAGAGCUUUGCUGACAGGGGAACUCUCGUACGACACAAACGCAUCCACACGGGAGAGAAACCGUAUCAGUGCUUGCAAUGUGGAAAGAGUUAUAAUCAAAGCAGUAGUCUCCAUCUUCACCAGCGCAUCCACUCAGGAGAGAAGCCGUUUUACUGCUCUGAUUGUGGGAAGAGUUUUUUUGACAAAUGCACUCUAAAAAAACACCAGAUCAUUCACACCGGAGAGAAGCCCUACUGCUGUACAUGCUGUGGAAAAAGUUUUACCAGACAUAGUAAUCUCCAACAACACCAGCGCAUUCACACAGGAGAGAAGCCCUAUUGCUGUUCAUACUGUGGAAUGAGUUUCACCAGAUACAGUAACCUUCGCCAACACCAGCGCAUUCAUACAGGAGACAAACCAUACGUCUGCUCUGAGUGUGGCAAGAGUUUUAAUCGGCGGAAUGCUUUUCAGCGACACCAGCUUAUUCACACAGGAGAGAAGCCGUAUCAGUGCUCGGAAUGUGGGAAGCCCUUUAGGUAUUUAAAAGCAUUAAAGACACACAAAUGUGCAGAGAAUGAGGAGGAUAAUUCUAUAACUGUGGUUCUUGAUCCUGAUUUACAUGCAGAAGAUGCAGAAGAUCCUGCUUUCAUUAGUAAUCCAUGCCUCAGCACUUCUACAGUGUUGGAAGGAGAGAAAAAGGAGCUGGACUGUUUGAUUUAGGGAACUGUUCAACACUUGUUCACAUGGUUUAUGUUAUGUUUUCACUGAUCAAUAGAGAAAUGGUGUCAGAGAUGUUCGCUGUGCGCCUGCUAGUGCUGUUUUCCUAGUUUGGUAAACGUGAUAUGGUGUUUCGUAGACUAUAUUUUGAGUAGAUGUACUCAAAAAUGUUAAACUAUAACAUCCUUUAUUUGCAUGUCUGCUGUGCCAUUUUCAAUUUGUAUACACAUGAAGCAAGUCCUACAGACUAUAUGAAAUCCAUGUGCCAAAUGAGCUUACACCAGAUGGGAUGUGUAAGUUAAAAAAUAUGUAUAUAAUAAAAAUGGAAAAUAGCA